AUUAUGGCCGGGUUCUCUCAGACUCACAGAGUCAUCAAGUCAGGCAUGUCCAGCAGCGGUCCACAGAGAUCAAAUUGUCCAUCUGGGAUCAAGCCUAAACAAGACCAGAAGUCAUAAGAUAUCCGUGGACACUGAGAUGUUACAGUCAAGGCUGAGAGAAACAGAAACUAGCCAAAAUUAAAGAGGACUUAGAAUAUAUUUGGUGUUCUCGUGGCAAUGACAGCUCUCUAAGCUUUUGGAAAGUUGGGCUGGCACCUGGAAAAGGAAUUGUAUUAAAAACAAGUUCCCAUGCUACUCCAGGGAACACAAACAUACACAUUCACAGGAAACUACUUUUCUUUGAGAUCAACUCAACUUAGACAGAAUGGUUGACCAGCUCCAAGGAACGUGGAAGUCCAUUUCUUGUGAAAAUUUUGAAGACUUUAUGAAGGAACUGGGUAUAGGAAAAGCCAGCAGGAAACUGGGCUGUUUGGCAAAACCCACUGUUACCAUCAGUACAGAUGGAGAUGUCAUCACAAUAAAAACCAAAAGCAUCUUUAAAAAUAAUGAGAUCUCCUUUAAACUAGGAGAAGAGUUUGAGGAAGUCACACCAGCUGGCCACAAAACAAAGAAUAAAGUAACCUUAGAUAAUGAGUCCCUGAUUCAAGUUCAGGACUGGGAUGGCAAAGAAACCACCAUAACAAGAAAGCUGGUGGAUGGAAAAAUGGUGGUGGAAAGCACCGUGAACAAUGUUAUCUGCACACGAACAUACGAGAAAGUAUCUUCAAACUCAGUGUCAAACUCUUAAGGCUUUCUCAGGCUGUCCUCCAAACUACUGAGGUUGUUCAAAUACAACUCCAAAGUAAAAUAUUAUGACUGUUAAUAGGAGAGAGUCUUUCUUUGCAGAAGCAUCAACAGUUUUGCUUGCCAAGUUGAACAUGCCUGUAUCUGUAGUACUUUGGCAUUGGCGAGCAUGAGAAUCCAGGUUGAUAUAUCCUGUUCAAUGCAAGGCUGGGAUAAUAUUUUCAGAGAGGCACUUCAUGUUGAUUUUCUCUUAUUAUACAUUUUAUGUCCACCUUCUAAAUUCAAUGUAAUCUUCACUUUAUUGGGAAAAUAAUAUUUUUUAAUAAAUAGGAUACGGCAUACCUCACAGGUACACCUUAGCUGUAUAUGAAAAGAUAAGAAACACGUCUAGAACUAAGGCAAUAAUUGAUAUUUUAUCGUAAUACCAAACUGGUAUGACAGAGAACACCAUAUCCACUACCAACAUCACUGAAAGCCACCUCAGAGAAUAUUCCGUUUUACUAGCACAAAAUCUCAUGCACUAUUUUGCUUAGGCGAGAUUUCAGAAAUUGUAUGGACUGAACACCUUAUUAUGUGGAUGGGAGAAACAGGCCCAGGUCAGUUAAUUGUACACGUUACUAUCACUCAGAUGGUUUCAGGAAGAAUUAGAACCAGAAUCCAUGUUGCCCAGUUAUUGACCUUACAACCAUAACAAAGGGAAAUUAGAUUGAAACUGUUAAGUAGAAAGAGACUCAUGGUGUACAAUUAUGAACCAAGUGUAAUACUACAUUAUACUCUUUCUUGUUCUCAAGAAUGAGAAUGAUCUUCAAACAGCCAACAAAUUGGCUUUUUCUGAAUCACCUUUGGACAGAGAAAGAGAGAGACCUGGGCACAGAAGUUCCGUGGCUCAAACACAGCUGUCCAGGCUCAGCCCUUACACGUUGCUUUGUGCCUGGUAGAUCCUAGGGAAGGGACUUAACAUUUAGUUUUGAUCCUAAAUUAAUGUUGGAAAAGUUAUAUCUGGUUCUGCUAAAUACGCUACAUGUUUCCAUUUUCAUCCUGAUUUAUUUACAUUGAAGAGAGCUUCUCUGCUUUAGAUGAUACUCAAGGAACAUUGCAAGGAUUUGAGUUCCUUAUUUUUUUCCCUGACUUUUCUCAUCUCAUUCGAUACCCAGAAUUGUAUUAAAAACAAGUUCCCAUGCUACUCCAGGGAACACAAACAUACACAUUCACAGGAAACUAGUUUUCUUUGAGAUCACAUUACUAGUGAAUAACAAACUUCCAUUUGUCUUAAAGUGUGUGGCAGGAUGCCAGCUAAGUCCAGAUGAGUACAGAGAGUUUUACUAUUUGAACCUGAGACCUGUCAUUGUUUAUUUGUCUGAACUGAUAUAUGGGGGAUCUCAGUCUUCUGGUAGAUGUGGGAGAAGUGCUUGUUUAUUUUUUGGUGUACUGAAAUGACAAAAAGGACAAUGGACGGCAUAGAAAGAUAUCUGUACCGCAAGCUACUUGGACUGGACAGAGAGAAAAUUCGAGGCAGAUACCAAAGGAACUGUUUUCCUGAGGCCCUGUGGAUGGAUGUGGAUGUGAGCAGCUCAACUGUUGGCCCAGGUUAACAGCUUGCUGCAAAGACAGGAGAGAAGCAGUCUCCCUAUCGGAAGGGAGCCCAGCACGGCUCUGACACCUCCAGGGUUAGUGGCUAGGGGAACUUUAAAAAACAGUGCUCCUGGAUUUCACAUUAGGGUGUCUUGCUGCUGUGGUUAUGGAGACACUCUUGUAGGCAAUAAGAAUCAAUGCAGGAGUUAGCAGAUACCAAGAGAACACAGGAAAGGUAUCCCUGAUGACUCUCAGGAACUCCUGGGGGCCAGGGGCUGGAAGGAGGAUGGACUUUGCAAGGGCUAGAGUUUUUCAUGAGCAAGGGCACGACAUUGGAUAUAGAUGUUGAUAUGAUUUCAUUUGUCAACAAUCUGAUAAAAUCUAGGGAUGUUUAAGUACUCACCUGAAAAAACAACCCACAAAAAUACAACAACAGCAACUGCAGAUUUCUGGGAGAGGUGAGCAGCAUGCCCAGUCUUCUCAUUUCCUUUACGCAGUUGAGAAUCAUUAAAGUAGAAAGUCACAGUGAAUGCACUGUGGUUGAUGGAAGUGAGUAUCUCUCAGGAAUGGUUGGGAAACUGACCUAAAUAAACCAAAUCAAACAAGACAUACCACUGCUUCAAAGUGAUGUUGUAAUUCAGGAUUUGCUGCACAUCUACUGUGCACCAGGCACUGCAUGAGAGCUGGGGAUAGAAGGAGAAUUAAGUCAUGUUUGCUGCCCUUGAUCAACUCCAUAGAGAAGCGAUAUACAGGAAAAAUGUCACAUGGGUGCACUAAUCUCCAGGAAUGUAUAAGCAACAGAUUAUAAAACAAAUGUUUCUUUUUCUUUUCUUUUUUUGUUUUUGAGCCGGAAUCUUGCUCUGUUGUCAGACUGGAGUGCAGUGGUGCAAUCUCAGUUCACUGCAACUUCCACUUCCCAGGUUCAAGCAAUUCUCCUGCCUCAGUCCUCUGAGUAGCUGGGAUUACAGGCAUGCACCACCACACCUGGCUAUUUUUGUAUUUUUAGUAGAGGUGAGGUUUUGCCACGUUGGCCAGGCUGGUCUGUAACUCCUGACCUCAGGUGAUCCACCCACCUUAGCCUCCCAAAGUGCUGGGAUUACAGGCGUGAGCUAUACACCUGGCCGUAAAACAGAUGUUUCUACUUGGAGGGAAAGAUCUAAAACCAGUUUCUUGGUGAAUAAUUGCCUUGUCCAGGAUGCAAGACAAUUACAAUUGGGCGCAGACAUAUCAGCAUGAAUGAACUCCUACCAUUCCUUGUCAUGACAUCUGUCUUCCUGCACCACAGCCUCAGUGCAGUUUGCAUUAAUUCAGUUCAAGCAUCAAUCAUCAGUCAAGAUAUUUAAGAAAUAUGAAGUUAGUCCUAAUGAGGCAUAACCUGUUCUUUUUAAGCUGGGAAAAGUUUGGGGUUUUAAAUAAAAUCAUAUUAUUUGAUUCAGAUGUAGCCAAAAUAUUGCUAGAACAGAAAUUUUUAAAAACACUAAAGAAAGAGAAGAUGUUUAGGUUUAUUUAAACACUAGAGUUAAUGUUGAAUAUUUCCUGUCUAUAAGUUUGGGAAAUAAUGUUUUAUUUGAAAAAGUCAAUUGACAACCUGGGAUGGAAAAAUGAAAUAAUAACAAUGAUAAUGGUUGUUUGUUGAGUCUUACUAAAUGCUGGGCACUGUGUUUAAACUCUCUAUGCAUAACCUCAUUUUCUCUGUGAGAUAUUUGUAAAAGUAUAAACAAAGACUCAGAUAGGUUAAAUGGUUUCCUUAAAGUUGCUCAGCUCAUCAAUCCCAGGGCCAGACUUCAAAACUAGGUCUUGAUUUCUGGAGAAGCACACCAGAAUGCAUCUCCAGGAAUCGGGAACAUUGUUAUUAGAGGUUUUUUAAAAGAGUCUUUUUAUGUAAUAGUGAAUAUGAUAAAUAAAUGUGUAGUUAAAACCAUUAACCUGAACUUAUGAAGCCUGAGAAAUCCACCCUAGAUAAACUCUCAUGCUCUGAACUGAUCAGAAAGGUUACUUUUUGGUGCUAAAGAUUUAAGAGGCAGAAAACAACCAAAUCUUGAUUAAUGUGUCACCUGUGUUGUGGGGCACCUCCCGCCAUGGUAUCCCAUCUACACAACAACUACCACAGAGCUCUUUAAGGACAUCUGUGCUCCCGUCACUCACUUAUUUCUCAUACUUCCAUGAAGGAAGUAUCUUCUGGGCCUAGCAUAUGAUAAACUAUUCCCAAAUUAGAAUUUCCUUAAGAUUUCAGAUUCCUUCUCUAUGUCAGACCAAGGAAAUUCUAGAAUCUCAGUCUCAUUAAAUAGCAGUUCACUGUUGAGCCCAAGUGUCAACUAAUCAAGUAAAUUGCUAGAGACAGAUUGUUAGAAUAAAUUGCUAGCUGCACAAACUAACACUUAAAUCAAUAAUCUCUGGCAAAUGAAGUCUUAUGAAUAAAGUUGGACUGAUUAAGUGUUGUA